UGUUGGUCAGUCAGUGUGUGUGUGUGCACAACUUAGAAGGGCUGAGGGUACUGUGUUUGGUUUGAAGUAUACCAAGAAGACACACUGUAAGCAUGGCUGCUGCACAUCGUUUGGUUAUUGUCCGCCAUGGUGAGAGCGCCUGGAACCAGGAGAACCGUUUCUGCGGCUGGUUUGAUGCCGACCUCAGUGAGAAGGGUAUGGAGGAGGCCAAGCGCGGGGCCCUGGCUAUCAAGGAGGCCGGCCUCAAGUUUGAUGUGUGCUACACCUCGGUACUGAAACGUGCUGUCAAGACCCUGUGGACCAUAAUGGAAGGCACGGACCAGAUGUGGCUGCCUGUGAUUCGUACCUGGCGUCUGAAUGAGCGUCACUAUGGAGGCCUCACUGGUCUUAACAAAGCCGAGACAGCUGAAAAGCACGGAGAGGAGCAGGUGAAGAUCUGGCGCCGUUCCUUUGACACCCCACCUCCACCCAUGGACAAGGACCACGCUUACAACAAAAUCAUCAGUGAGUCCCGUCGCUACAAGAAUCUGAAGCCUGGUGAGCUCCCAACAUGUGAAUCAUUAAAGGACACCAUCGCCCGUGCCUUGCCUUUCUGGAAUGAUGUCAUUGCCCCUGAAAUCAAGGCGGGAAAGAAUGUCAUCAUCGCUGCCCAUGGCAACAGCCUCCGUGGCAUUGUCAAGCACUUGGAAGGUAUGUCUGAUGCAGCCAUCAUGGAGCUGAACCUGCCAACAGGAAUCCCAAUUGUGUACGAGCUAGAUGCAGACCUGAAGCCCAUUAAGCCAAUGUCCUUCCUCGGUGAUGAGGAAACAGUGAAGAAGGCCAUGGAGGCUGUGGCUGCCCAGGGAAAAGCCAAGAAGUAAGCCUGCUCCAUGAGUAGGCAGAAAAAACAGACUGUUCCCCCCCCCCUCAUCCUUUAAGCUCUCCUGCCAUCCAUUGUUCCCUCUUUGUAGUCCAUUCCAACAGGGGAAAUGUUUAUGGUUUUUUGGUACACAGGCCGAUUUCAGCCCUUUUUGUUUGAUUUAGACACACAUAGGGAUGACCUGUUAAUUAAAGCAGACAGCUGGACCCCUGUCUUUACAGCCACACGCCACUCAGCCCUUUUAAAAUUGUGGUCAAGCCCAAAUUUUGAAGGCUCAAAAUCGUGGCACCACCAAUAAAGAGAAACCAUGUUUUUAUGUAAA